UUGAAGCCGAGACCGACAGAGUCACUGGCUCCAACAAGGGCAUCUCCCCGGUCCCGAUCAAUCUGCGAGUUUAUUCUCCGCAUGUCCUAAGUCUGACACUGGUGGACCUUCCUGGGAUGACCAAGGUUCCAGUUGGAGACCAGCCUCCAGACAUUGAAUUCCAGAUUCGCGACAUGCUCAUGCAGUUUGUCACCAAAGAGAACUGCCUCAUCCUUGCUGUCUCUCCUGCCAACGCAGACCUGGCUAACUCCGAUGCUCUUAAGAUCGCAAAAGAAGUUGACCCUCAAGGCCAACGUACCAUUGGAGUCAUCACCAAGUUGGACCUCAUGGAUGAAGGAACCGAUGCUCGAGAUGUUCUGGAGAACAAGCUGCUUCCACUAAGGAGAGGUUACAUCGGGGUGGUUAACCGGAGCCAGAAAGAUAUCGAUGGGAAAAAGGACAUUCAGGCAGCCUUAGCUGCAGAACGCAAGUUCUUUCUCUCCCACCCAGCGUACCGGCACAUGGCGGAUCGUAUGGGCACGCCCUACCUGCAGAAAAUACUGAACCAGCAACUGACCAAUCACAUCCGCGACACGCUGCCAGGCCUGCGGAACAAGCUCCAGAGUCAGCUGCUCUCUAUUGAGAAAGAAGUAGACGAAUACAAGAAUUUCCGCCCCGAUGACCCUGCCCGCAAGACCAAAGCUUUGCUCCAGAUGGUUCAGCAGUUCGCUGUGGACUUUGAGAAACGCAUCGAAGGUUCUGGAGAUCAGAUCGAUACCUAUGAGCUCUCUGGUGGUGCUCGGAUCAAUCGCAUCUUCCACGAACGAUUUCCUUUUGAGCUGGUGAAGAUGGAAUUUGAUGAGAAGGAGCUCCGAAGAGAGAUCAGCUAUGCUAUUAAGAACAUCCACGGUAUCAGAACUGGUCUCUUCACGCCUGACAUGGCCUUUGAGACCAUUGUGAAAAAGCAAGUGAAGAAGAUUAAAGAGCCGUGCCUGAAAUGCGUGGACAUGGUCAUUUCGGAGUUAAUCAAUACGGUUAGACAGUGCACCAAGAAGCUGAGCCAAUAUCCUCACCUGCGGGAGGAGAUGGAGCGGAUAGUGACCACUCACAUCCGGGACAGGGAAGGAAAGACCAAAGACCAGGUCAUGCUUCUGAUAGACAUUGAGUUGGCCUACAUGAACACCAACCAUGAAGAUUUCAUUGGAUUUGCUAAUGCUCAGCAGAGGAGUAGCCAGAUGAAUAAGAAAAAAACAGCGGGUAAUCAGGAUGAGAUCCUGGUGAUCCGCAAGGGCUGGCUUACUAUCAACAACAUUGGGAUCAUGAAGGGUGGCUCCAAAGAAUACUGGUUUGUCCUGACAGCAGAGAACCUCUCAUGGUAUAAAGAUGACGAGGAGAAAGAGAAGAAGUACAUGCUCCCAGUGGAUAACUUGAAGGUGCGAGAUGUUGAGAAAGGUUUCAUGUCGAGCAAGCACAUCUUCGCGCUCUUCAACACAGAGCAAAGGAACGUUUACAAAGAUUAUCGUCAACUGGAGCUGGCGUGUGAAACCCAGGAGGAGGUGGACAGUUGGAAGGCGUCCUUCUUGCGGGCUGGAGUUUACCCAGAGCGUGUUGGGGGUGGGGAGUCAGAAGAGAACGGCUCCGACAGUUUGAUGCAUUCAAUGGACCCCCAGCUGGAGAGGCAAGUGGAAACCAUCAGGAACCUUGUUGACUCCUACAUGGCCAUCGUCAACAAAACCAUCCGUGAUCUCAUGCCCAAGACAAUCAUGCACCUUAUGAUAAACAAUACAAAGGAGUUCAUUCACUCUGAGCUGCUCGCCAACCUCUAUUCCUGCGGGGACCAGAACACCCUCAUGGAGGAGUCGGUCGAACAAGCCCAGCGGCGCGACGAGAUGCUGCGCAUGUACCACGCCCUGAAAGAGGCCCUACACAUCAUCGGGGACAUCAACACCACCACCAUCAGCACCCCGCUGCCUCCGCCGGUGGACGACUCUUGGCUGCAGGUGCAGAGCAUACCGUCCGGACGCAGGUCUCCCACCUCCAGCCCCACGCCGCAGAGAAGAGCACCGGCAGUCCCGCCCACCAGGCCUGGAUCGCGAGGACCAGCUCCUGGACCUCCGCCUGCUGGUGGUCCCAGCCUCGGUGGUGCUCCCCCUGUGCCUUCCAGGCCGGGGGCCUCUCCUGAUCCUUUCGGGCCUCCCCCACAAGUUCCCUCUCGGCCCAACCGUGCACCCCCUGGGGUCCCAAGCCGGAAAGGCCCUUCUUCACCUACUCGACCCAGUAUAAUCCGACCAGCUGAACCUUCCCUCUUAGACCUAUAACCCAAGGCCUGUAGACAGCUGGUGACAAGCCCCGUGCCUGGGUUCCCCCCCCUCCGCUAACCCAGUAUCCGCCCGAGGCCUCCCCUCGGCUCCUCUGCCCCCUUCCUCCAUGUGGUAAAAAAUGCUCGUUUAGUGAUUGAGCACUUGUCUUCUUUCGUGCGUCCGUAUUGCAUUGUGAGCCUAGAAUAGUCCUAGUUCAAGGGCAUGAGAUGUGAAUGCCGUGAGCUCUCCGGAGCGUAGUGUUACAGGAGCAUCAAUGCCUCAAAAUGCCCAACUCGUCUUGGGUUCAGUGUCCUGCCUGCCUCGGUCAGCUGUAGCCCUAAUCCGUAGCAACGUAGCCCCCCCCCUUUUUUUGCUUACUGUAGUAAAGACAAAAAAAGACAUGGUCUUGUGUUGUCAACUCUGGAUGAGGAUCACACCCAGAAAGAGAACGUGGACAGAAUGAUUUCAUGUUCUUGAUCAUGUCUGGAACGUGGGAUUGAUUCAAGGUGCAGCAUUGGGGGGCCCGGUGGAGGAGGCUGAUCCCUUUUCAAGCAGGGCCAACCUGUAUGGUGGCCGGGGAGGGCUUCCUGGAUGACGCAGUCUUCCGGAGGAAAACGCCUGCGGUUCUUUCCCGAUGGAUGGAAGUCGACGUUAACGGGUCACCCUCCGUUCUCGGAAAUACCAAACGGGAGUUGAAAGAGAGACUGGUGGCUCCGGCUAUAGCUUUGUGGUAUGACCUCUUGCAGAUGACUUUCCACCAAGAGACCAAGGCUAAUCUAGUCCUUUCUCAGCCAAAUCGGACCCGCUGAUAUUUCCAAAAGAGUUUUGCUGUGUAAAUGUUUCAUGACCUUUGCUCCUGACGAAAAACAAAACAAAUAAGGACCUCUACAAAAACGUUUGAUGUCUUGAGUAUCCUGGUGGUUCCGUUUGCUUCCUUGCGUGCAGGCGACACGUAUUUCAUUACACGGGGAAAAUAGGAUUGCCACCGCCAGCUUGGAUUUCCCUCUGCCCCGGCCCUGUUACGUACGAGUCGAGGGAUGGAGGUUAAAAAGAGUCCAGCGCUAUUCCCAUUCCUCUAAAACCAGUCUUGGCCAUCUUCUCAGUACGCCUUUAAGUCAUCCCUGCUUGCAGUUUAAGUUCUCUGAUCCGAACUUAAUCCGUGGCUUUUGAGUUGAGUUCAGGUUUUGACGUCUGUUCCUUUCUGUAUUUUAACUAUUGUUUUACUUCUUUUGUUCCUCCCCGUUUCCUUCCUUCUUGUUUUGUUCUCGUCUCUUCCUUAAAUUCCAGCCGGCCUGGCAAAGCUAGUCCCUCCCGCCCGGAGAGUCCAAAACCACCGUUUGACUUGUAAUCCUGCUUUCUUGAGAUCCGUCCUUUCUCUGCCUCUUAGCUGUCCUGCCCUGGAACGGUCGAACGCACAUCUUAAAACCCACAGCUUUGUACUGUCGUAGCUUGUGACUCGCACAUAUCAGAUGCAACUCUAGUGAAACUGUUUUUUUUCCCUUCCUUCUGGUUGCUUAAAAGGAACUUUAAACAAAGCCAAUGAGUUAUAUUGUAGUAAUG